UACCCUCUAUUCAACCUAGCCUUUUUAACCAUUUCAUGCCUCAACUUGCCUGAUAAUCAACCUUAGACUCAUGACUUUAAUAACCUUUAGCCGUAUAGCUAGGCUCGUAUGUAGCACCCCCGUCGCCACCAAGUUAAGGUUUCCCAAUUCGCGUCUUCGCACUAUUUCCCCAACCAUCCCGCUAUUCCUCUCGUGUCCUUCAAUUUUGCCCAAAGAAUCUCAGCCAAAAGUCUCUAACAAAUACGCGAAUCUUUCUCUUAAAAUGGCACAUUUCAAGUACUCCAUCCCAUCUUCAGUUUUCUAUAACCCAUUAUGGACCCCGCUCCUAGUUCAUCAUCAACAAUUACAACCCCACCAAACCACCUCCACCACAACAGGCCACAUCACCGGUUCAAACCAACCCAACCCUUCACCGAUCGGAUAGCCCGAGCGCUCCGUCACCCGCUCUUCCUCCUCCACAGAUCCGAUUCCAACUUCUUUAUCUUAGGUGCCACAGGAAAUGUUUACACCGUUACGUUAUGUUCAACCCCUUCAUGCACCUGCCCUGACCGUACAACCCCAUGCAAGCACAUCUUAUUUGUUCUAAUCCGAGUAUUGGGUGUCUCAAUCGACGACAUUUGUCUCCGCAGGAGGACUCUAAGGCCAUGUCGACUGAACCGCCUUCUCGGCACGCCAACGUUGCCUGGAGCACUAGCGGGGGCUAGCCUACGUGAGAGGUUCCAUCAGCUUUUCUCUGAGGCAAAGAAGCAAGGUGGGUCAGGAUCUGGAGCUAAGGAGAUGGAAUUAGAAGGAGCGGUGUGUCCUGUUUGCUUAGAGGAAAUGGAGAAAGGAGAGAAAGUGGUGGCUUGUUCUACAUGUCGAAACCUGAUUCAUGAAGAAUGCUUGAUGAGAUGGAAGAGAAGCAGAGGGAGGAGGUCGGCUACUUGUGUGAUUUGUCGUGCAAGAUGGAGCACUGAUCAAGAGAAGUAUCUGAAUUUGGCAGCUUAUAUCGGCCAAGACCAGGCUGGUGGUGGCCUAUGUGCUGGAUAAAUCGUGUUUCAUUCUAAAUUACUUUGGGUUGGAUUUAUUUGGAAAGUUAGGAUUACAAAUGUUGAUGUUAUGAACAGAUUUGCUUAAUUAAUUUUAUAUAUCAUAGAUAUUGUAAAUGUUAAAUUCAUUUUAAAUUAGAGUACAGCUUAAUUAUUGUUUGGAAAUCAUUAAAAAAAAAAAAAAACUUAAACAUUAUUGGACUCAAUAUAUGGUAAGGAUUAUAUGUAUCUUCCAUUCCAAGAGUCCAAGUUUAAACCAUCUUUAUUUAAUUGAAAAUUUAAAAUAAUAUAUCAUAUCUCAAAAUAUAUUUUAUUAUUAAUUACCCAAUUCCUUAGGAGGAAGCAUAAAAAUUUACAAACAAGAUCAUUAGUAUGUAUCUUCAAAACAUUUUCUAGAAAAAUACACAUGAA